AUGAAGUCGGUAAAAGUAUUAAUCAUUCCAACUUUGCUUGCGGUCUCACUGAUAUGCUUUGGAAUUAUAAUUUUCAUAUUUAAAUCUUCUGAUGCUGAUGGUAUUCCGCAGCAACAAUCUGUUUCUCCGUUGAUUUUUGAAGCGGAAAAUGCGGGUGUCACGUUGAGUUGGAAGAACAUUUCCGUGGACAUAACUGGAUCUUUUUUCGGCCCAAAAACUAGAAUUAUCUCUGAAAUAUCGGGACAAGCAGGGCCGGGAGAAAUUGUUGCCAUAUUUGGCCCUUCAGGUUGCGGAAAAACUACUUUAUUAAAUGCGCUGGCAGGGUGGCUGCAACGAUCCGUCGUCUCUGGCUCAAUCACGGUCAAUGGGCAAAACAGAGAAGAAUCAACAUGGAGCUGCAUUUUGGGAUAUGUUGAGCAAGUCAACAAUAUCAAUUCUGUUUUUACAGUGAGAAAAAAUAUGGAAAUCAUUGCCUCCAUGAAAAUCGCUGGAUCUCAAAAUGCGAGAGAUGAUAAAAUCAACCAACUUUUGCAAUCGCUUCAGUUGGAAGAUUGUUCUGAAACGAUCGUUCAAUUGAUAUCUGGAGGCCAAAAGAAAAGACUAGCCAUUGCCCUUGAAUUGAUUUCCGAUCCAAUGCUGCUGUUUUUGGAUGAGCCGACUUCUGGCCUUGAUUCUUCUUUGACAUUUCAAAUUGUGGAAUUGUUGAAGGAAUAUGCUGCAAAAUACCACAAAACCAUCGUAAUGACCAUUCAUCAGCCAAGAGAAGAUUUGCUUCCAAUGUUUUCCAAAUUGGUCAUUCUGACAAAGGGAUUUCAAAUAUUUUACGGCUCACUGGCGGAAGCUCGAAAUUUCUUCAAAAAAAGUGGCAUUGAAAAUGAGAAAAACAUCAAUUUUGCAGAUUUUGUCCUUGACGCCGUUUCCAUCGAUUCCCGAACAAAGGAAUCGAUCGCCAAAUCAAAUGAUAAGAUUGAAUUUCUGAAAUCGACUUGGAAAUCUCGCAUCGCCCCUACCUUGAGAGAUUCCAGUGAUCAUGAUGACGAUGCUGCUGAUGUCGCGCUUUCCAAUCGCGGAAUUAAACUGAUUUACGAUGGUCCUUUUCUUGCAAUUCCAAAACUUCGAGAUCCUCUUCCGCUAUGGGACCAAUUUUUGGCUUUGCUCGUCUAUCAUUAUUCAACGCUUUCUCAUUCAAUGCUUUUUUCUUUGACAGUCGUUUCCAUGGCCUAUGGUUAUCUUCAAUCAAAAGUUGCCAAACUAAGUGCCUAUCCAACGCUUUUUGAAACAUUUUUAUUUUACAUAUUCAUGCAAGUUCCAGGGAGGAUCAGAACCUAUCGUCACUUUGUGAUUACAAGCAGACGAAUGAAUUUGUACAAUCCAUUGAUUUAUGUUGGCUCUGAAAUUCUUUUCACACUUUUCAUUCAUAUGGGAUUCGUAUUAGGAUCUUUUAUUUUCAAGUUCAUCAUGAUCCGCGUUAAUCACGAUGGUGGUAGUGUUGUUUUUGCAAGUAACAAGAGGAAUAUUAUGCAAUUUUUUACCAUUACCUUUGCAGUCAUCAACUACAAUUCAAUGUUAAUGAUGUUCUCUUAUUUAGUGCCCUCUGAAACGAUUUUCAACAUUGUCAAUAUCUUUUUGAUGCUUUUCAUCGUCGCCGACGUUAACAAUUAUAUCAUCAUGAUUGAUGCUAUGAAAUUACAAUUAUCUUUCAUCAGAAUGAUUCUUCGAGUUCUUUUACCAUUUAAUUUCAACCAUUUUUUUGUGAAAGCAUACGAUAUGACGAUAAUGACGACGAAAUCGACAACAAAUAGCCCUUCUCUUAUAUUUUGGAUCGAAAAAUGUAUUCCAAUUUUUAUUCAAAUUGUUGCGUGGACUUUUCUAUUGAUUUUAGUCUUUCUGCUGUCAACUUGUCCAAAUCUGAAUUUAGCAGUCAUUCCAACAAAAAGAACGAUGGUCGAGGCGGAUACGACGAUGGUCGAGGCGGAUACAAUGAUGGUCGAAGCUCACUAA